UCUCCUGCCCGGGAGAGCUGUGGCUCCACCUUCCAGGCUGAGCGGGGGAAGGACGGCGAGGCCUCCCUGGGCCACCCGCUUUGUGGUGCCCGCACCCCGGUCUUUUAUUUUGGAGAGUGAAUAAAACUGGUUGUGGAAGACAAGAUGACUACGGCUGCAGAAAGAAAGUAUGGUAACAUUAGGAAAAGGCUGGACCAGCUGGGCUACCGCCAGACUCUGACAGUAGAGAGUCUGCCUCUGGUGGAGAAACUUUUCAGUGACUUAGUUCAUACAACAGAAAGCCUGCGGCAGUGCAGGUUGUCCUCGGUAAAGGCGGAAAAGGAAAGUGCCAAUUUUGAUUUCGUUCUUGAACCUUAUAAACUUGAAAAUGCAAGACUGAGUAGGGAGAAUAAUGAGUUGUAUUUGGAGUUAAUGAAGCUGAGAGAAUACUCAGACAAGCACAUUAAAGAGUUGAAAAUGACAUUGAAGAAAAAUUCACGUGAGACAGCUGAUCUGAAAUUCCUGAAUAACCAGUAUGUUCAUAAGCUCAAACUCCUGGAGAAAGAGAGCAAAGCUAAGAAUGAAAAAAUCCAACAGCUUCAAGAAAAGAAUUUGCACGCUGUAGUACAGACUCCUGGUGGCAGGAAAAGAAACAUUGCAUUUAGGCGCCAGCGGAUGCAAAUUGAUGAGCCAGCGCCACCCUCUGAAGUCAGUUCGUACCCAGUUCCACAGCCAGAAGACCCGUAUGUCGCAGACCUGCUGCAAGUGGCUGACAACAGGAUCCAGGAACUGCAGGAGGAGGUCCACCAGCUGCAAGAGAAGUUAGCACUGAUGGAGAACGGAGUGAGAGAUUACAGCAAGCAGAUAGAGCUAAGAGAACGAGAAAUAGAGCGAAUGUCCCUUGCUUUGGAUGGUGGUCGUUCCUGUGAUGUCCUGUCUCUGGAGACUAAAAAUAAAAGCAAUGAGAAGCUUAUUGCUCACCUAAAUAUUCAGGUUGACUUCCUUCAGCAAGCUAAUAAAGAACUGGAGACGCGUAUUCAAGAGCUCAUGGAGACCAAGGAAACAGUGACAACUGAAGUCGUGGACCUAAGUAACAGAAAUGAGAAGCUCUGCCAGGAGUUGACAGAAAUUGACCAGUUAGCGCAGCAGCUGGAAAGGCACAAAGAGGAAGUGCUGGAGACAGCAGACAAGGAGCUCGGGGAGGCAAAGAAAGAGAUUAAAAGAAACCUCUGUGAAAUGCGGAACCUUGAAGAAAAAAUGUCAAAACUUCAACUGGAAUUAGACUUAAGUCAUAAGGAAAAGGAAAGACUGAAUGAUGAACUCCUUCUAAAAUCAGCCCUGGAGACUGUUGUCCAACAGCUUGAACAGGAGAAGCACAGACUUAGCAAAAAAUUGGAAAGUUUUACAGUCACAGAAAGGAAGCUGAUUUUGGAGGUUGAGAGCAUGAGGCUGGAGCACGGGAUAAAGCGGCGGGACAAGUCGCCCUCUCGGUUAGACACGUUCCUAAAAGGCAUCGAGGAAGAGCGCGAUUACUACAGGAGAGAGCUGGAGAAACUGCAGCACCUCGUCCAGCGCAGAUCUUGUCCUGUAAAUCACUGUGCACGGGAAAAGUCCUCAAUAUUCAAAGGCUCAGAAAAAGGUGACUACAAUUCAGACAUUCACCUGAUCACAAGAGAAAGGGAUGAGCUCCAGCGCAUGCUAGAAAGAUUUGAAAAAUACAUGGAGGAUAUACAGUCCAACGUGAAACUGCUGACCGCAGAAAGGGAUAGACUAAGUGCCUUGUAUAAAGAAGCAAAGGAAGAGCUAUCUGCACUGAGACAGGAGUCCACGAAUACAAAAGCCCCCAGCAAUCUUGACUGUAUAGAGAAGGAGAAAGAGCAUGCAUUAUCUGAGUUAAGAAGAAUCACAGCAGAAAAGGAAGUUCUGAAAGAAAAGCUGAAAAGUAUCCAAGAAAUAGAUGUUUUUGAAAAAUCAGAAUUAGAGAAAACUAUUGAACAUUUGACAUAUAUUAAUCACCAGCUUGAAAAUGAAAAAUAUGAAUUGCAAUCUAAAAUAUUAAUAAUGAAAGAAACAAUGGAGUCAUUAGAGAACAAAUCCAAACUCCAAGCUCAAAAGCUUAACCAUGUGACUGGCGACUCAUGCCAUCAGAAAACAGAGAUGAACUCUCUCAGGAUAGUGAAAGAGCAGCUGCAGCGCUCACUUGAUGACUCUCAGCACCGACUUGCCGUAAAAAGAGGUGAACUUGAAUCAGCCCAAGAACAAAUUAAAAUUCUGGAGGAAAAACUAGAGAAACUGACCCACAAGAUGACGUCACAGAAUGAAGAAGCGCACUCGAUGAAGAAGACCAUCGGGGUGAUUGACAAGGAGAAGGACUUUCUCCAGGAGACUGUGGACGAGAAGACGGAGCAGAUCGCCAGCCUGCAGGAGAGCCUCCUCAGUAAAGAGAAAGUUAUUGCCCAAAUGAAGGUCACAGUCACGGAGUAUGAAACAUCUUUGAAACAGCUUAAGGAAGUCUUGGCUAAUCGGGACCGAGAGAUAAGCAGCCUCCGACGCCAGCUUGACGCAGCUCACAAGGAGCUUGACGAAGUUGGGAAAUCCAGAGAGAUCUCUUUUAAGGAAAACAGGAGGUUACAAGAUGACCUCGCCACCAUGGCGAGGGAAAACCAGGAAAUCUCAAUCGAAUUGGAAGCAGCAGUGCAAGAGAAAGACGAAAUGAAGAGCAGAGUCCACAAGUACAUCACUGAGGUGUCGCGGUGGGAGACCCUAAUGGCAUCUAAGGAACAAGAAAACAAAGACUUGCUGGAUAGAUUCCAGAUGCUGCACAACCGUGCUGAGGACUGGGAGAUCAAAGCCCAGCAGGCUGAAGGGGAGAACAGCUCGGUCCGCCUGGAGCUGCUGUCCAUCGACACAGAGCGAAGACACCUGCGCGAGCGCGUGGAGCUCCUGGAGAAGGAGAUCCAGGAGCACAUAAAUGCGCAUCAUGCUUAUGAGUCUCAGAUCUCAUCAAUGGCAAAAGCCAUGUCUCAGUUAGAAGAAGAGCUGCGACAUCACGAAAGCGAGAAAGCAACAGUGUUAGGUGAUCUGUCGUCUCUCCGAGAACUUUGCAUCAAGCUUGACUCGGGCAAAGACCUCAUGACCCAGCAGCUGACUUCCAAAAGCCUGGAGCUGGAGCGGGCGGUAGCAGAAUUAGAGAAUGUGAAAUCGGAAUCAGAACUAUUAAAAAAGCAGCUGGCAGGGGAGAGACAGACAAUUAAAAACCUUGAGUCCUUGCUGGCUACAAACAGAGAUAAAGAGUUCCAUUCGCACUUGACCUCCCAUGAGAAGGAAGCGGAGAUCCAACUGCUGAAGGAGAAGUUAAACCUCUCCGAGAGCAAACUAACUAGCCAAAGCCGAGAAACCUCCAUGCUUCGAACUAAAGUGACACAGUUGCAGACAGAUUAUGAUACUCUGAAAAGGCAGUUUUCAAAUGAGCGAUAUGAACGAGAGCGAGCAGUGCAAGAGAUGCGCCGACAUGGCAUUCCUACAUCACCUCUGAGUUCCACUCUGAGAUCUCCUUUACAGUCUCCUGAACACGUAAAUACAUAGUUAUCAGAAG